CACAACAUCACAGACAUGGCACCCAAGGCAUCUGCAGCAGCCUCAAAGGCAAACACAGCCGCCAAGAAGACACUCAAGGGCGAGCACUCAAACGUCACAAAGAAGGUCCGCACCAACACCACCUUCCGCAGGCCAAAGACCCUUGCUCUUGCUCGCAAGCCUGCAUACCCACGCACAUCUGUCCCCCACCUCCCCAGGCUCGAUGCAUACAGCAUCAUCAAGGCACCUCUCAACACAGAGUCUGCCAUGAAGAAGAUCGAGGAGAACAACACCCUCGUCUUUAUCUGCGACAUCAAGGCCAACAAGCGUACCAUCAAGGAGGCCGUCAAGAAGCUCUACAACGUCGACGCCGUCAACGUCAACACCCUCAUCCGUCCCGAUGGUACGAAGAAGGCAUAUAUCCGUCUCUCACCGGAUGUUGACGCUCUCGACAUUGCCAACACCAUUGGCUACGUAUGA